AUGUCAGUGAAACUGCUGUUCAUUCUUGUCUGUUUCAUUGCAUUGAUGUCAGUUCUGUAUAUGAUUGCUGUUUCCAAUCCGCGUAAAAGAAUAGGGAAUGCAGCCAAACUAGUAGCACGAUACCGAGGUCCAAUUUCGGUUGAAGGACGCGCACUGCUGGAUGAAUCGCCAGGCGAUUACGAGGCUAGUCGAGAAAACUCGCUUCUUAAAGACGUAGGGUCGGAGUUUAUAAACGUGCACAACCGCAGCGACUAUGACGUAGAGUCGAAGUUUUUCGAAACUGUGCUAAAUGUAAACACGGUGCCGAUUCAGGAAAAUACGGAGGAUUUUCGUGAUAUUGCAUUUACAAUAAACCACCCAAAGAAGUGCAUGGAUUCUGGGGGUAGAGUCAAAGAAAUCGACUUGCUUAUAUUAGUAGCGACUCGUAUUACGAACGAGAAUGAGCGAAAGAAUAUCAGAAAGACGUGGGGUAACGUAAACUUUUAUGAUGGCUUGAGAGUGGUCAUAUUAUUCCUGGUUGGUAAUCCCAAAUACACACAUCACGAAUACUUUCACCGCAUCCUUUCCGAGGACGUUAAGCAUAAUGACAUCAUAGGGGGCAACUUUGAAGACAGUUACUACAAAUUGACAUUGAAGACGAUCAUGGGCUUGAAGUGGGCACAUGUACACUGUCCUCUUGCGAAGUUCGUGAUGAAAUGCGACGACGAUAUACUGUUACAACCUCAUAACAUAAUGAAAUACAACAUACCAAAAUCUAGAACGUUGAUAGGAUCAUGUGGUAAUCGCUCGGUUGUUGAUCAACGUCCGGGCUCCUCUGAACCAGACUGGCAGUAUGAAGUGUACCCAGCAUACUGUUCCGGCACUGCGUACUUAAUAUCUGGAGAUCUUGUUGCUGAACUAUAUACCACGGCUCUGCAAACCAGUAUGUUCAAGUACGAGGACGUUUUUAUUGGCAUGCUAAUGUACAAACUGGGCCUCCCCGUAUAUCAACACACUGCUUUUCGGUCGUCCAUGUUCCCUGACAGUGCUUGCAACAUUAGAGAUCUCGUUGUAUCCCAUCAUUUUUCAAACAUGAAAUAUGGACCAAACCGGCUAAGCCCGGUGGAAUAUCGAAUGUUGAUAGCUAAACUAUGGUGGCAAUUACGGAUGAUUCGAAGGGGUUACCAGCGCUGCCCUAGCGAUGUAAGUGGAUUGGGUGACAAGCCCGGAAAACCUAUUUACACAGAGGAAAUCCAAAUGAUCGAAAAUCGUCGGAAUUUUACAAUAAACUGA